GCUGGGAAUUCAGGGAGGAAGUAGAUGUCACUGCCAUCUGUAUGCCAGCAGACAGUUAGCUUAGCAUAGUUUGUCCUAGCUUAGCGUAGCAAACAGCCUAGCUAAAGGAAAAUCAACAAUACGUUUGUACAAUACAUACACACACACACACACACACACACACACACACACACACACACACACACACACACACACACACACACAUAUAUUUAUACAUAUACAUAUGUAUAUGUCUGUUUAUGUGCCUGGUUGUUUCCAUGGCAACCUAAAAAUGACUAACCUUUCUAUUCUGAUAAGAUUCAACUAUCUGGUGACUCUAAUGUAUAGGGAAGAUUUUUCAGUCAUGAUUUAAGUGAUAAAGUAACCAACCUACUCUGCUGCUGUGAUGCUGAUGAUGACAACACAUCUGUACCAGAACAGGGUGUGAUUAUUUGCAUGUGUGUGUUUUGUUGUUUCGAGGUAGUAAUACAUGGGCUCAUUGUCAGGGUGAGACAUACAGAAGACAGUACACCACUGUGCUCACAGUUGUUUGGUAGACUGGUUAUUUUCGCUCUCUGGUUUCGAGAUUUUGCUGCAGAUAAGUAGGUUGUUUCCUUUCCCCUUAAUUCAGCCAAAACACAAGUUGAGGGAGAAAAUGUCAAGUCAGACAGUCCCGACCUUCAACCCACAUCUGCAUUUUUAAACUAAUUUCUUCAAUUUCUCCAUUAGUGAAAUGUCAUUAUACUGUUACAUAUGCACGGGCUGAAACUGAGCAACGUUGUGUUGUUGCUUGCAGAGCAAUGAUGGUGUUUAAGUCCCAGUAUAAGUGAUGGCUGUUGCUUUGGAUUUGACGCUUUUUAAUAUGUUUCCGUUGGGAUAUGAGACGCUGUCUGAGCAGUUGUUUUGAUUGAAGGUAUCCCGCUUCCUCUUCUCAUCACAUGAGGAGGACCCAGCACAACAUUAGUCACGACGAUUGCGUUUAGCGACGCUGUUGCGCAAAAUGUCUAUAAUUAGAAAGAUUGAUUAUUGGCUUGUGUGAUGUCUCGUCACUGAUUCUAAAUCUGAAACCUGAAAGUGUGACAAAUGUCUUCUCAGCGUUCGCAGAUCCCCUUGAUUUCUUACUGUCUCCAUAUCAGUUUGACAGAGCACAGAAGCAGCUAAAGACGACGCGCCAGACGUUUUGUGCCUAAUAUAGAUGUGAGGCAGGCGGUGAAACUAGUCUGCUAUGCAGUGUAAAUAAGCUGUGUAAAUAUAGCAGUGGAUGUGUUAUAUCUGAAAGUGAGAGUUGGGGGGAUCGUUUUUUUGAGGGCGCACUUGGCGAGAGAAUUAUCUGCAAAUAUUUAUACAGCAGUCAAACUGUGACUGAAAGUAAAAGUAGUAAUUAUGAUUAUGCAAAUUCAUGAGGUUUUCAUGACUUCAUGUUCCAAUAUACAUUAAUAUGGUGUAACCAUUUCUCACUCUACAAUAUUAUCUUUAAUUUAAAUACAAUAUACAUUUUUGGCGUAUAAAGCUAGAUUGCUCUGCUAUGAAAUUACAAAAUCAGGAAAAAUAAAUGUCAUGAAGAACCAAUUGGCGUCAUUGGCUUGAGCCUCUCAAAAAAUCCUUUAGAAGAAAAUAUUUCCACUGGCAUUUCAGGUUGUGAAAGAUUUUGAUACCAACUUAAUUUAUUGCUGCUUAAAAAAACAAAUAUUGUAUAUUAUUAACUGAGAUUUUUAUAAAAACUGUAAUAAGUGAUAAUAAAUAAUGUGGAUUUAUGAACUUUACACUCCAACCCAAUUUUGGUGCUUUAGUUUUAAUAAAUGUUCAUAUUGGAUAAAUAUUCAUAGUAGAUGUAAAUACAUGAUAUUUUAAUAUAGAGGAGGCUUUCUGCCCUGCUUAGUGUAUGUAAGACAGAUGAAGAUAUAAAUGUAAUUUUGUCUCAUCCAGUGACAGAACAGAGAUAGAAUCACACACAGGCAUAUCAACACAAAGGCGGAGCAAUGAGGCUGUGACACUGAGCUGAGUCAGAGGUUGAUGGUUGUGAAAGUUGAUGUCAGGACCAACAUGUUCUCGUGGGGAGUCUCAGGCAGAGAUGCCAGAGAGGCCGAGGGUUUCAUCCAGGAUCUGAGGUGAAUGACACAGACAGGUGUUGGGCUGCAGCGCAGGGUGAUGUCUGAACGUCUUGUUCUAAAGUCACCAUCACCCCCCUGGACCUCAAACUCGUGCUGCCUUUCAGCAGCUCUACAUUUAUUUGUCAAAAACUUCUCUUAAACGUUUUUUUUUUUUGGUUGCUUCUGGAAUUUCAUAAAUAGUAAUCUGUGAUCUUUAUCACCCUCUGUUGGUGACCUGUAGGAACUGCAAACACUCAUGCAGCUUGAUACAGUGUUGGGAAUGAAUAAAUAUCAGUUUAUUUAAAUGAACUGAUUGUUUUGUUACAGAAUAAUUUAUUUAGUCAAUAGUGCUUGACACAUUUUGAAGAAAAGAAGUCCUCACAACAUGUUCCUUCACUUUGUAUAAAUAAAAAAUCUAAGAAAUUUCAUCUUAAAUAUAUUGUAAAUAACAUAUAUGAGUAAUCAGCAACAGCUCCAGAAGCUAUUUCUUCAAAAGAAAGAAAAAGAGUCACUAUUGAGUCAAUAAAAAAAACACAUUCAUCCUAUUUUCCAGCAGUGAGUCACUACCAUGGUUUCCAUACAUUUCUUUUUUCUGAAAAUGUCAAUAUCGAACAGCCUCAGGAGUGAAACUGUAACACUGCUUUACAUGUUGUAUGAGCAGGAGCAAUAGCAGAAGUACAAGGCGUCCAGCUGGAAAACAGGGAAGGGACUUACUAAUUAUUAAGGGCACAGAACCUAAUUACAGAAAUAAGACCUGCAAGUUCAAGUUAUGCCAACUACUUCUGCUUCCUGGAAAAAACACUCCAAGAGCCUCUUAUCUCUAUGGACGCUUUACCAGCUUACCAGCCUGUUGUUGUGCUCUGGCGACUAGGAAGCUCUAACAGCUAACAGCACAAUUUAGACCAAUUAUGCUAUUUUAUUUUACAUACAAGCAGAUUAUUCAAAUUCAUCUUUAAAUGUUUACUUUACUUCAUGGCCUAAUACAAGACUUUGAAAGAUUGUCUUCGGGUUGAAGUGAUUCUUUCCCUACAAGUAAUACAAGAAAUUAAAUUGAUGUUUUAUAUGUAUAUGACUUACAGUAAUAUACACUAUACAGUAGCCUCACAUAUUACACACAAUAUAUCUUCACAGGUAAUCGUCCAACUGACUGUGUUUCUGAUGCUCCACUAAUCAGUUGCCAGAUUAAUUGCAUUGGCUCUAGAAGCAGCAGUUUGCAGAAGCUCCAUGUUGAACAAAUCAUACCUGUGUAUGUACAGGAAUGGUUGGUUGUUUACCUACUGUACCAUUGCCUCGUUUUGGUUCACAUCUGGCAGAUGUGAGAUGUCCAGACUCCACAGGUCACUGCUGCUGCCGUUGGCAUGACCAGCAGGGGAGAUUGUGGAUCUGGGUAUUGUUACAUACUGUACUGAGAGGUCACACAGGGCGUCAGUGGGGCCUGAGAAAUGAAAAGACAGGCCACCGUCAUUAGCCGCUAGUUUUCAGGGCGACUUUUAUUCUACAGUUUCUUGGCUUUCUGUUCAGAAAAUAAAUGCACUCUCAGAUACAGCUCAGCCAUUCCAUGUUCACUCAACAGCGGCGACGGAUGGGAAACAGCCUAUGUGUGGUUUUAAAGGACAGCGUCUCCUCCUCCAUGUUGGGCUGGUCCUCCGCCUGCGACUCUGUAGCGAUUGGAGGUUCCAGGCCGGGCCCCGGAGCCUCCCACCUCUGACACACUUUCAGCCGCGCCGCCGGCGUGACUUUCACUGCUCUCCAAGGGCGGGUGGUGCGCCUUCAGGAAAACACAAACAAAUAUGGAGGCCGUAGGAAUGCCAGUGUGCAGACCCUGCUCAUUUGACUGUGUCAGCCCGUCGGGCCCGCACGGCUCCUCCAAGCCCCCGCUGGGCUCCUCGGCCGUGACAUCGCGCAUCCUGUUGCGCCAACAGCUGAUGCGGGAGCAGCUCCAGGAGCAGGAGCGACGGGAGCAGCAGAGACAACAGGCCUCUCAGUACCCACAAGCCAGCGUGGCCCAGACCCCCGCCAUCAAUGUCAGCGUCCCGCUCACUUUACCACCGGCUGCACAGGUGCCGAUGGAGGUGCUGAAGGUCCAGACUCACCUGGAGAACCCGACCAAGUACCACAUCCAGCGCUCGCAACAGCAGCAGGUGAAGCGCUACCUGGGCAAGCUUGGCUCCCAGGCGUUGAGCUUGCCCUGCCCCAACCAGUCCUCUGACCACGGGGGCAUGCCGCCAGGGCCGGGCAACAGCGCCCCCAACAGCCCUAUGGCCCUACUGACCCUCAACUCCAACUGCGAGAAAGAGGUGAGCGUUCGUUCCUCGCAGCUGUUCACGGCUGAUGUGGACAUUCGCCCCCUUCAUCCUGCUCUGCGUGUUGUGUUACCUCAGAUGGAUGAUGUCAUCGACGACAUUAUCAGUCUGGAGUCCAGUUACAGUGAUGACAUCCUCGGCCUGAUGGACCCAGGGCUUCAGAUGGCCAGCACGAUCCCGGUGCCCGCUAACCUUAUGGACAUGUACGGCGGUCAGGGUAUGUCCCAGCAGGGCCUGCCCAUCAGCAACUCCUGCCCCGCCAACCUGCCCAACAUCAAAAGGGAAUACUCCGUUUCGCAGUCCCCGGCCAUCAUGCAUAUGCUGGACAAGUCUGGAUCCUGUGGCAAGUUUGACAACUAUCAGAGGCCUGAAGGUUUCCCUGUGGAAGCAGAAGUCAGAGCUUUGGCGAAGGAGCGGCAGAAAAAGGACAACCAUAAUUUGAUUGAGAGAAGACGGCGGUUUAACAUCAACGAUCGAAUUAAGGAAUUGGGAACUUUAAUACCAAAAUCCAACGACCCGGACAUGCGCUGGAACAAAGGCACCAUCCUGAAAGCGUCGGUGGACUACAUCAGGAAGCUGCAGCGGGAGCAGCAGAGGGCGAAGGAGCUGGAGAAUCGCCAGAAGAAGCUCGAGCACGCAAACCGACAUCUGAUGCUGCGGAUACAGGAGCUGGAGAUGCAGGCCCGGGCUCACGGCCUCGCCGUGGCCUCCUCGGCGCUCUGCUCGGCCGAGCUGGCGAGCCGGUCCAUCAAGCAGGAGCCCGCCUUAGAGGACUGCCACCAGGACCUGUACGCGCUGCACCCCCACCACCAACACCACCCCGCCCGCACGCCCGAGCCCCCCGGCUCGCUGGAGCUGGGCGAGGGCCACGCUAACUUCCCCGAGGGCCACUACGGCGUUCACAGCAAGCCGGCCUCCAAGCUCAACGACAUCCUCAUGGAGGACACCUUGUCGCCGGUGAGGGGAGGGGACCCGUUGCUCUCGUCCGUCUCCCCGGACGCCUCCAAGGACAGCAGCCGCAAGAGCAGCGUGAGCAUGGAUGAGAACGAGCAGGGCUGUUAGCGCCCUCUGCUGGCCGCCGCCUCGCCUGCACCGCCAGCCUCUUCCAUCCAGUCGUUGCUGGAGAGGCUUCCUCCUCUUUGUUGGUUGUUGUGUUUUUUUUCCCUCCCCAUUCAUGUUUACAUGUAUUGAAGCUUUUCCUACAAUGUUUAUUAUUAGUUUUUUUUAUAUCUUUGCCUUUAACCUUGAUUUCAAGGACUGAUUUUGUGAAAGUGUUUGCUUUAAUCAAUACUUUGAUGACAAUGAGUUUAAAAUAGGAGUUUUUAUAUUUAAAAGACUUGCAUUUAUCUUCAAAUAGAGGCUAGAGUUUGUUUAUUUCUAUUGAUUCCAAAGAAUCUAGGGAAGCUAUGAAUCAAGGUCAGAAUUGUAGAUAUUUUGUGGUGAACACUGCUUUUGAAAUCACUAGCAAUAUUAGAAGAAACAAUAUAUUUAUUACUGUAGUGCUUUUCACUUUGCGUGUCUUAGAUUCGACUUGAAUGUGCCGAAGCCUUAUUGAGAUGUGGAAGCAUCAGUGUUGUGCUGCUGUGCACGUUGUGCUGGUAUUUGGGUCGUUGUCGGUUUUCAAGGUGGAAUUCCUCACAACUCGUAGCUUGUACUUGUAGCUUUGAUUUUAUUUAUGUAUCUGCUUUAUGUACACAUUCCCCUGGAAAUUAAUAUAUAACAAGGCUUUUAAAGAAGCUAAAGUGUCUCCUUCAAGAUAUUUACGAGAGUUAAACUCGGUGCCAUGAUGAGAAAGAUGCAGCACAGCGGCCGAGGUUCAGGCUUCACCUGCUUCACCUCACGCUGAUCCAGCAGCAGGUACCAGAUACUGUAGCAGCACAUUCCUGCCAGCACAGACUGACUAAAUGCUUUGUUAGGCAAAGAAUAGAAAAAAAGAUUUUUAUAAGCAUCUUAUCUCAAAUUAAUAAGACUAAAGUUCUGACAUCUGCAAAAAUAGGCUAUUGGAAGACUUUUUUUUAAAUUAUUGGUUGAAUAGACUAAGCUUUCAUGGUUUGAAAUUCUCAGACGUGCUGUAAAUUGGGAUACUCCCAGUGCUUCCCUCUGUUUUUUACACUGCGGUCAUAGUUCACAUUCAGGAUGUUUUUUUUUUUCAAUAUGUGGACAUUUUUAUUGCCAAGGAGUAUAAGGAGACUGCUUUGAGAUGUUGUAUGAAAUGCAUGACUCUGUCAAAAAACACUGAAACAUGCUUUGUUCACCUUUUUUUAUCCAAGUGUAAAGUAACUAUUUCAAUGCAUAUUGUGACAUUCUACAUUCUUUAUGGUUCUUGUGUAUUUCAGUUCAUUUUCAAUAGCUGUAGCACAUUACACACGUCCGCCGACCCGCUGCACGUUGAGAGCCCUGUUUUGAACUAUGAUACGUUGAACUAUGCAACGGUUUCAGUUGUGCCUGUAGAGCAGCAUCGUGAUCUCCUUCUGAAUGAGUCAGCGCGAUUAUCUUUGUAAUAGUUUUAAGUGCCUUACGGUCAUUUCUGUUGCCCUGGUGACGUAAUAGGACUGUUGGUGUUUAUUCUGGUGUUUGGUGCUCGAUGGAUGAACCUGAGUGCAACUUUACCCUCAGAGAGCAGCACAAGGUGACACUACUGCUUUGAUCCCAGAGUGUUCAGAAUGAAUUCAGUGAGUUGAUAAGUAAGAUAAUACCACAUCAAUUACACAAUAAACUGAACAAAGUAUCAAUUUAUUGAUAUUAUAUUUAGACAGUGUUGUCAUUGUUGUUGGGACACAUGUUUUGUGGCCUGUUUAUUCGUUGCCGUCCUAUUAUCAUUGGAUUGGUAUUGAACACUUUGGGGCACCACGUUGUACUGAAAGCAUCUUUUUUGACUAGCAUGAAUGUAAUUCACUGUAACAACUGCCAAAAUGUGUUGCCAAGAAAUGUUUAUGAAUUCAAAGUGAUGCAGGUUUAACGUCUACACACUGAACUCAGCUGAUGCAACUUGCUCACAUUGUUUCUCUGUAGCUCCAAGAAAAGGAUAGAGCGCGAUGUCAAUCAGGCCACGAGUACGAAGGAUGCUCCACCAGUGAGGUUCUCCACACGUUUAGCCUAAAUGAACCCAGAUCCGUUUCACUGAAACCAAGGACGCAUCCAAACCCUGAAAUGUGACUCAGUGAACGUCAGCGUUACACACGGUGGAGAUUUAUUCAUUUAAAGUCGCCGCUGUGACUGAUUACUCAUAAUGAAGCUUCCAGUUGAUAAUUAUUAUGGCACAUUAUGGGUCAACCACUAACGAGGAAGCGUGUUAGCUCCAGACUCCAUGUGCUCCUUCUCAUUCCUGUGGGUCACACACAACGUUCUCUGCUCCUAUUGUUAGUAGUCACUGUACGCACUGGUUUCAGAUUAGUGGGCACAAACUAAAUGUGGAAACGAUGUGAGAAGUAUUAAAGGUUUCAUUUGGAAGCUG